AUGACUGAACAGGAAGAUAAAAUGGAUUCGUCUACGAUAAAAAAACUCGUAAAUCGUAUCAAGGCUUGUACAUUUCUCCCGUAUUUAAAUAAAUGUGAUUGGUCCGCUGACAUAAUAUCCAGCAUUGAAGAAUUUGUUAGUACGGAUCGACAAAUGAUUUGUUUGUUUUAUGAAAACGACAUACUUAAAGCCACUUUUUGCAUACCCGAUGCUCGUGAAAAAGAUCAAUUUUUCGAACAAUACAGAGCAGUUAUCCAAGAAUUAUGUUCAUUAAGAUAUAAAUUCUUAGGAAUGCCUAGUAUUUACAUUCCGACGAUAGUUGGAAAAUUUGAUGAAACUUCUAAAAGUGUCAGUGAAGAAACCCUUAAAGUUCUAGAAAAUAUUUUAAACGUAUAUACUUUAGAAAUUCAAACAUGCUUAAUGGACACUGAAAGAGUGCCUACCAAAUGUGAAUAUAUGAUGGAACAUAUUAUUGAUGAAAUAAAUUAUUGGAAAACUAGACUAAGAAAUUUACGGUUUAUAACUACUUUAUUAAGUUAUAAAAGUGUUGAAGAAAUUCUUACAAUAUUAAAUCAACAUCAAUCAAUACUUGUCCAUUCGUUCAACAACGCUAUGAAUGAAAUUAAGGUAGCCAAAGUAGAAGCCAAAUCCAAUCUGAAUUACUUACAAAUUUUAUGGGACCCAAUCAUGAGCUUAUACGAUGUAAAAUCACCAAAUGAUAUAUUACCAAGAUUGCCAGACAUAUUUGUUAAAUUUAUUUUUAUUUUUGAAGAAUCGCAGUACUACAACAAAUGGUCCGACAUAAGUCGUUUGUACGAAUAUCUAGGAAAUCAAAUUGUGUACAUUUGUCGAAAAACCAUAAAAAUUUCGGAACUAUUCUCUGGUAAUAUGGAAAGUGUUUUAAAUAAACUGCAAAUUUCGAUAGAUUGUUGUGAAAAUUUUAUUUCAAUAUACACUAAAGUAAUUGAAAUUUAUAACUCUAAAAAUGACGGACACUGUUCGGUCGAAACUAAAGACGUUCAUUUGAUGGACGGAAAACACCCAAUACCAAAACCAAAAUUUUCAUUUACCAAGGGAUUAGAGUUCGAAAAAGUCAUGGAAUCCAUAGAGUUAAAAUUUAACAAAUUGAUAAGCAAUUUGGAGAAUGUCCAAAACUUAAUAUUCAACGUAAAUAUCACUGAUUGGUAUCAAUAUGAACUCGAAUUCAAAAACGAAGUAAAAGAAUUAUGCGAUAUAGUGGAACAGCUGUUAAAUGAUGCGAUGAACAUUACAUGUAACAUCGAGGAGGCUUUGAAUGUUUUACAGAGCUUGAAUUAUUUUUCUAAUUGGCCACAGCUGAAGCCCCAUUUUCAAAAGAAAACAAACGAUAUCUACGCCAUGUUAAUCGAUGAUAUAUCAUUAGCUAUGCAAUUUUACACGGACAACAGUUACAAAAUACCAUCUUUUAUGAUCAAAUAUUCGGGUAUCUGCAUAACCGCCAUGACCGAAUAUAAAAGAAUUGAGACGCUAAAAAAUAUGAUAUCAGAACGUCCUUGGUUAUUACCAUGUUCAAAUAGUAAAAAACUCCAUGAGUUAUACAAAAAUUAUUCAAUCGCCUAUCAAGAAUUAUUAAUUAACACGAUUAAAUCAUGGAAUAGUCAAUCAAAUAUAAACUAUGAGAAAAAACUAGAUAAAUAUAUUUUAGUAGGAAAUCAAAAUGAUCAAUUUUGGAAUUUAACGAUUAACAUGGACUGUGAUGCAUUUGAACUGUUAACUGAAAUAGAAUAUUGGUCGUUGAUUGGCUUCAAAAAUAUACUGACAUCAAAUAACAUCGUCACAAAUGCAACAAAAAUAAUGCGACUCCAUCGAAAUGCAUCAAAAAUAGUUAACGACUACAAUAUUUUAAUAGCUGGUUUAUCCGAGCAAGAAAUGCUAUUAUUCAGCGAAUCAAUAGAGAUGUGCAAUAAAAUUAUAUUACCAAUGACUCAAUCUUAUUCAUGGAAACAAAUAGAUAUUGACAAUUAUUUACUUGAUUGUUUUAAUGAAUUAGAAUCGGUUCAAUAUUGUGUAGAUAAAUAUAAAUAUUGUAAUAUAGAAAUUUUAAAAGUUUCUGAAGAAAUAGCAAAUUUGACCCUUUUUAAAAUAAACCAAGUAAGUAAAACUAUAGUAAAAAUUUCUGAUAAUUACAACCUCAUUAUUCAAUACAUAAUGGUCAUAUAUGAAGAUUUUAAGGAAUAUAUUAAUAAUCUCAUGGUUUAUUGGACACAUUAUGUGGAGAAAAUAGACAGCCUUAUAUGCAAAGCAUUGAUACUCAACUGUCAAUGUUCGUUAGAAAAUAUUUUAGAACUAAGUGUCGGUGAUGGUUCAGGUCCAACACCAGUAAUACUUAUUCACGUGAGCUUAAAAGAUAAUAAGAUUAAAUACUUAGCGAGUCAAUUAGAGAUUCUAUCGUUCUCAGCGAACUUUUUAACAGACUUAUUAAUGGCUGUUAAGUUAUUACCAAGAUUAAAUCAUAUAUUCCAAUUAUCGAGAAAUAAUUGGAUUCCGUAUGAAGAUGAAAUUUCCAAAGAUUGGAUAUGUAUCAAAUUGCAAGAAAAAUAUAAUAUAGCUACUAUAAAUGCUUUAAGACAAUUAAGGCAUUAUAUGCAUGAGUUCUUAGUGUUUAAAAACAUAUGGUCAAUAAAUAAAAAAUUGUUUUUUGAAAAAUAUAAGACUUUCAAUUCUUCAGCAAUACACUUCAAUCAGGAUAUGACUCAAUAUUCAAUUUAUAAACAUAAAAUAUCUCGCAUUAAACCAGUUGCCCAAGUAUCUCAUUUUCUGAUACAGACUAACAUAUUAAAAGAUGACAUUAUCAAACAUUGUGAUGAAUGGAGGAAUCAUUUUUCCGAUCUUCUUCUUGAAAUGACGACAAAUCUUAUAGAAGGAUUUUAUCGAUACAUAAAAAUUAACAGUCUUCAAGUGAUGACGCCACCAAAAAAUUUAACUGAAAUGAUUUCAUUCGUUGAAUUACGAAAAAGAAUAGUUUUAGAGUACGAUGAUAAAGCUAAGGAAUUUACAUUAAUUUCUGAUAAUGUUCAAGUAUUAGAAAUGAAUAAUAUACGAAUGCCAGAAAUAAUACAAAUUAAAUAUGAAAAAUUAUUUCACGUUUGGAAUGUGUACAAGAACACUCUUGAAGAUGCAGAAAUAAUGUUAAAAAAAAAACAAAAUGAUUUUUUGAAAUCGUUAGAGAAAACACAAAUGAACUUAAAAUUAAAAGCUAAAGAUCUAUUACAAACAUUUUUAGAAACCACACCAAUUUCUACAAAAUGGAAAUCAAAUGAUGCUUUAAUGUAUAUUGAACAAAUACAAAAUAAAUUGGAAAUAUUAAAAACCGAAGAAAGACAAUUAAACGCUGAUCUUGCUAUAUUUGAAAUAAAAUGUAUUCAUUUAAUUGAAAUUGAAAAACUCCAGGAAGAAAUAUUAGUUUUACAUUCAGUUUGGAAACUAGUCAAUACGUGGGAUGAAAUUUGGAAAGACUAUAAACAGGAACUAUUUUCGCAUGUACAAGUUUCCGAUUUAAAAGUAACUGUGAACGCAUUUCUUAAUAAAUUUAAUACUUUGGUUAAUGAAUUAAAAAAUAAAAAAUGGGAGAUAAUAGAAACCACUCGUAAUAAUAUUGAUGACUUUUGUAAACUAUUACCGGUGGUUGAUGAUUUAAAAAAUCCAGCAAUGAAAGAUAGACAUUGGGACGAAGUACGAAACAUCAUAAAUGAAAAUUUAAUCGAGAAAAGUACUGAUUUUACGUUAGAAAAAUUAGUGGAAAUAAAAAUUCAAAAUUACAGUAAACAAAUUAGUGAUGUAUCAAGAAAAUCAACAACAGAACUAGAUUUAGAUAAUGCUAUUCAAAAUAUAAAAGAAAUAUGGUCCAUUAAAAUUCUACACUUAGAACCCUACAAAGAUAAAGGUAUUUACUAUGUAAAAGUGAAUGAUGAUAUUUUUCAACUAUUAGAAGAUCAUCUUGUGCAACUAUGUACAAUCAAGGCAUCAAAAUAUAUUUCUGUUUUUCUAAAUGAGGCAGAUUUUUUGGAAAAAUCUUUAGGUCUAAUCAUGGAAGUUUUAGAAAUUAUUCUAUCAGUUCAACGACAGCAUAUUUAUUUAGAAAAUAUAUUUAUGGGAGAUGAUAUACGACAAAAAAUGCCAAUUGAAAGCAUUGACUAUGAUAUUUUAACAGAAGAAUGGAAAGAAAUAACCAUACAGAUGUAUAAAGAAAAUAAUUUAUUCAGAGCAUGUUAUUCUAAAUCUUUAUUCAAACAUUUAAAUACGAUGAAUUACCGCUUGGAAGUCAUACAGAGAGCUUUAGAAGUGUAUAUGGAAUCAAAACGUCACGUAUUCCCUAGAUUUUAUUUUAUAUCAAAUUGCGAAUUAUUAGAAAUACUAGGAAACUCUAAAAAUCCUGAAUCUUUACAACCUCAUUUAAAAAAACUUUUUACUAAUGUCCAUAGCAUUAAAAUUCUUACAAAUAACAGCCAAAAAAAAGAAGCACAAGGUAUGUUUUCUAAAGAUGGAGAGUAUGUAGACUGGAAUCAAGCAGUGACAUGUGAUGGACCAGCAGAAAUUUGGCUAAAUUCGAUAGAAGAUGGAAUGCGCGUUUGCCUAAAACAAACAUUAAAGCAAGUAAAAUUGUCACUAAUGAAAAAUCUGAAAACUCGUGACAAGUGGAUAUUGGAAUGGCCAGGACAAUUAUGUAUUGUAGCAUCUCAAAUUCAGUGGACCGCCGAUUGUACCCGAGCAUUAAUACAAUCCAGACAUUUAAAACACAAGUAUCCUUUAAAAAAAAUGUAUAAGAAACAAAAAAAUAUUUUGUCAAAGCUCUCCAAAGUAAUCCGAAGUGAUUUAACCAGUACUGAAAGAUUAAAAGUCGUGGCUUUGAUCAUAAUAGAGAUACACGGUAGAGAUGUAGUUGAAUAUAUGUACAGAUCAAAUUGUAUGGACAUUUCUGCAUUUGAAUGGAUGUCUCAAUUACGAUUUUACUGUGAUAAAAAAUCAAACGAUAUUUUCAUAAGACAAACUAAUAGUAAACAAUUAUACGGAUAUGAGUACUUAGGCAACUCCGGAAGAUUAGCUAUCACUCCUUUAACUGAUAGAUGUUACUUAACAUUGACUACAGCUUUACAUAUGCAUCUUGGAGGAAACCUUAACGGUUCAACGUAUACGGGUAAAACCGAAACUGUAAAAGAUUUAGGAAAACAUUUGGCUCAAUUUGUUAUAAUCAUAAACUGCUCUAAAAGUCUAGACUACAAGAGCAUAUGUCGCAUUUUCUUAGGACUUGUGCAACAAGGAGCUUGGGGUUGUUUUGAUGAAAUUCAACAAAUAAAAAUCGAAGUUUUGUCUUCUAUUACACAGCAAAUAUCGUCUAUAUUUUCGGCUUUGUCUGCAGAUCUAAAAACAUUAGUCAUUGAAAACAGGACUGUUACUUUAGUGCCAACUUGUGGUAUAUUUAUCACAGCGUGCCCAAAUUAUGAAAAUUAUUCUUACUUACCAGACAACUUUAAAUCAAUGUUUCGUUCCGUGUCUAUGAUAGUCCCAGACACUAAACUAAUCGCUGAAACAAUUCUUUUUAGUGAAGGAUUUAAAGAUGCUAAGACAUUAGGUAACAAGAUAUUCAUUCUAUAUUCACUCUGCAAACAGAUACUAAAUAAACAAAACUAUUUUGAAUACGGACUUCGGAGUUUAAUUGGAUUAAUAAAAUAUGCUGGAAAUUAUAAACAGACAAACACGGAAGUACCAGAUAAUGAGAUUAUCUUACUAGCAAUCCAUAAAACGAUUUUAACAAAUAUAAAUAAAGAAUAUUUAUCAAUAUUUACGGAUAUGAUAAAUAAUUUAUUUCCUGAUAUAACUCCACCUGAAAUAAAAUAUGAAGUUUUAAUAGAUGCAAUAAAACGUAGUAUGUUGAAAAACAAUCUCCAGCCAACCGAUUCUGCUGUUUUAAAAAUUGUUCAGUUAUACGAAAUAAAAUCUUAUAGAUCUUCUGUUAUAAUAAUAGGAAAUUCUGGAGCAGCUAAAAGCAUCACUUGGAAAACACUAAGGGAUACAUUAAUCUUACUAAAAAGUGAACAAAUCAAUUCCUUCGAAACAGUCAUUGAUUAUGUUUUAAAUCCAACAACAUUAACUAUAGAAGAACUAUAUGGUAAAUAUGAUCAUGCUACACAUGAAUGGGUGGAUGGAAUUUUUUCGUCAAUUGCACGUAAAAUUUGUUCUGAUAAUGGAUUAGAAGAAAAAUGGGUGAUAUUAGAUGGACCAAUCGAUAGUCGUUGGAUUGAAAAUAUGAGUUCUAUAAUGGAUGAUACUAAAAUUUUAAUUUUAGAAAACGGGGAACGUAUUUCAAUACCAAAACAAGUAUCUUUUCUUUUCGAAGUAGAAGAUUUAAAAGUUGCAUCUCCUGCAAUUAUUUCGAAAUGUGGUAUUGUUCAUAACAAUCAUGACGAUUAUGAAUGGCGAUUAUAUGUCAACUCAUGGUUGGAUAGUUGCAAAUUUAAGCUAUUUAAAGAUGAAAUAAAACUUAAUUUUGAACAUUACGUUGAUGAUUUGCUUAUGUUCAAAAAGUUAAACUGUAUUGAAAUAGUUUCUUUAACGGAUCAAAAUUGUAUAAUAUCUUUGUGUAAGUUAUUAGAGAGCUGCACCUUUCACGAUUUAGCUAAUAAAAUUCCUAAUGAGUUAAACGAUAUCCAAUACAAGUUUUUAAUUAAGAUUUGGUUUAUUUUUUGUAUGAUUUGGUCAAUAUGUGGUUGUGUGAGUGAGGACGGAAAAAAGAAAAUUGAUGUGUACAUUAGAAAACUAGAAGGCGUAUUUCCUUUAAGAGACACAGUUUAUCAU